AUGAACGGUUCCCUGGCGCCCUGUGACGCCUCCUGCGGUGGCAGCGGAGAUGCGAACGGCACUGCGGCCCGCGGGCCGCCUUUGCUGGUGGACGCUUGGCUGGUUCCUGUCUUCUUCUGCCUCCUGUUGCUGCUGGGCCUGGCCGGCAACUCCCUGGUCAUCUUCGUGGUCACCCGACAUCGCCACAUGAGGACAGCCACCAACCUGUACAUAGCAAACCUGGCGACGACUGACAUCAUAUUCCUGAUCUGCUGUGUGCCUUUCACCGCAAUGCUGUACCCUCUACCCAGCUGGGUCUUUGGGGAAUUCAUGUGCAAGUUCGUCAACUACAUCCAGCAGGUAUCAGUACAAGCGACCUGUGUUACACUGACCGCUAUGAGUGUAGACCGAUGGUAUGUGACAGUCUAUCCACUCCGAUCCUUGAGGCAAAGAACCCCUCGUGUGGCUAUGGCCGUCAGUCUGGGGAUAUGGAUCGGGUCCUUUGUUGUGUCUAUUCCUGUGCCAAUAUAUCAGAAAAUUCAAAGCGGAUACUGGUUUGGGCCCCAGGUCUAUUGCAGCGAGUCUUUCCCUUCAGCCGUGCACGAGAAGGCUUUUAUCUUGUAUAAUUUCCUGGCUGUGUACCUGCUGCCUCUGGUGACUAUCUGUGUGUCCUACACUGGCAUGCUGCAUCAGAUGGGUCGACCAGUUGUGGAACCCAUAGACAAUAACUACCAGGUUGAGCUACUCGCUGAAAGGUCAGAGGCCAUGCGUACAAAGAUCUCCAGGAUGUUGGCAGUUAUGGUUCUUCUAUUUGCCAUUUGCUGGGGUCCCAUUCAGUUAUACAUCCUUUUCCAGUCAUUUCUUCCAAACUUUGGCAGAAAUUACUACACAUACAAGGUCAAGAUCUGGGCAAACUGCAUGUCCUACACAAAUUCUUCAGUCAAUCCAAUAGUCUAUGCCUUUAUGGGAGCCAAUUUCAGAAAAUCAUUUAAAAAGACAUUUCCUUUCAUCUUCAAACAGCGGGUUGGAAGUACGAAUAGUGGAAAUGGUGCCGUCAACACGGAGAUGCAGUUUGUUUCAUCUGGAACGUAAUAUUUUUUAGAGAGGGUUUCACUGUGAGAUUUCACUGCUUAAAUCCCAUAAAUGUUUGACCAGCCUGAGUGUGUGCAGAAUUAAACCAUGGUCUGACAGACUUGCUUUAUAUGAGCCAUAUGUUGGAAGUCCUACC